GUACAAGCCAGCGUGCGCCGUGUGUGCGUGCGCAAGAGGCCAGAUGGCCAGAUCUAGGACGAGCGGCCAGGAGCGAGAAAGAAGCGUCUGCCCCAGAACAGAAGCCAGCGAAUAUCCGACGGUCCACGGUCCACGGCAGCACCCCUUCCCCCCGUGGGCAGCAGGCCGGCGUUACCGUAUUUUAUUGCAAUCAUGUCCCCGAAGGACUUGCGCUGAUGGCAGCGGAUGGCAGCUGGUCCCCGCUGCCAAUCGCCUGUCGCGCCUUUGCCCCUUUCCUCUCCGUCCCCUCGGAUGUGCGCACGACUUUCUGGCAGCCGAGCGGGGAAAGGACGGGCGGGGGAGGUCUCCACGUCCGCCACAUCCGCCCCGCAGGCUCGCAGAAGACGUUUCCGGACGGAUGGACGUCCGACUCGUCCCCAGAUCGGGCCAUGAUCGCACGCGAUCGGCGGAGAUCCCGCCCCUCAGGCGCGUGAAGGCGGCUGUGCCUGCUUAAUGAAGACUUGUUCGCCGGACCCAACGCCCGCGCGACAUACUUACGACACCCGUGCAAGCGAGACAUGCAUACCGAACGGUGGGCUUGCAGUCGGGCGGGCGCACCUGGCGGAAUGAGGACGUCGCGAUGACACGCGGGUCGCCGGCCCCGGCCGCAGAGGCUUCCCAUCGGCAUGACGGAAGCGUCCAACGUUCGGACGUCCAUUCAACAACCCAAUUUUCAAGAAGCCUCCUGCCCGGCAUCCGUGCACCUUGUACGUCGCGGUGCCACGGUCACGGCUACAGUCAAAACCCGCAUAUCUCAUACCUGUAUUAAUCGGAAGAAGCACUCCCCUUGUCCUCAGCCUUGCGAGAAUGCUUGGUUUUCCCUCCGGUGCAUGUGCCGCCACCGGGGUGCUUCUGGCCUCUUCACCUGCCGUCAAACUCGUCCAGUCGUUUGUUGCCCGCCGUUCCAGUGACCGCAUAGUGCCCCACCCCGAGCAACCGUAAACCUUGGGCUGUGUACUCUAGCGGAGCGCGCCAUACGGUAUCUCGCCUAAAUGAUCCUGAUAUUCGUAGAAAACACACACGCGCCUGCGUAAAAUCCACGGCGCCCAGAACGCGCUGCUGCGUG